GACGAGGAAGAUAAAUAUUAGAGAAACAAAAGUCCAGAAUGCUAAGGCUGCCACUCUCACUUCCUCUGGCCCCUUAAGCCAGCACUGCUUUGAAUACAGUCAUUACCGUGGGGCACCGAGCGGGGGAGAGAACACAGCAGCAGCUCCGAGGCUGCCCUGGCGGGCAGGCUGUUACGGUGCGUCAUGCUUUCACAGGGCCCCUUCUGGGCACAGAAAAUGCCAGGAUGAUGCCGCCCACCCGCCUGGCUGGGACUCUGAUCCCAGCCAUGGCCUUCCUCUCCUGCCUGAGACCCGAGAGCUGGGACCCUUGCGUGCAGGUGGUUCCUAACACUACUUACCAAUGCAUGGACCUGAAUCUCUACAAAAUCCCUGAGAACAUCCCCACAUCAACCAAGGAACUGGACCUGAGCUUUAACCCCUUGAAGGAGUUAGGCAGCCAUAGCUUCUCCAACUUCCCAGAACUGCAGGUGCUGGAUUUGUCCAGGUGUGAAAUUGAGAUGAUUGAAGAUGAUGCAUAUCAGGGCCUCAACCAUCUCUCCACCUUGAUAUUGACAGGAAAUCCUAUCAGGAGCUUAGCCCUGGGAGCCUUUUCUGGACUCUCCAGUUUACAGACGCUGGUGGCCGUGGAGACAAAGCUUUCAUCUCUAGAGAAGUUCCCCAUUGGACAUCUCAAGACCUUGAAGGAGCUUAAUGUGGCUCAUAAUCUUAUCCAUUCCUUCAAGUUACCCGAGUAUUUUUCUAAAAUGCCCAACCUGGAGCACUUGGACCUUUCCAAUAACAAGAUCCAAAAUAUUUCUCAUGAAGACUUGCGUGUGCUACAUCAAAUGCCCUUACUCAACCUUUCUUUAGACUUGUCCCUGAAUCCUUUAGAGUUUAUCCAACCAGAUGCCUUUAAAGAAAUUAAGCUCCAUAAACUGACUUUGAGAAGUAAUUUUGAUAGUAUAGAUGUAAUGAAAUCUUGUAUUCAAGGACUGGCUGGUUUAAAAGUCAAUCGGUUGGUUCUGGGAGAAUUUAAAAAUGAAAGGAAAUUGGAAAGAUUUGACACAUCUGCCCUGCGCGGACUGCACAAUUUGACGAUUGAAGAAUUCCGGUUAGCAUACAUUGAUAAUUACAGCUCAAAGGAUUCUAUUGAUUUACUUAAUUGUUUGGCAGAUAUUUCUAAAAUUUCUCUGGUGAGUCUGGAUUUAGGCAAUCUAAAAGAUUUUCCUAAAGGUUUCGGAUGGCAAGACUUCGAAUUGGUUAACUGUAGAAUUGAAGGAUUUCCCACAUUGGAGCUCACCUCUCUCAAAAGGUUGGUUUUCACUUCCAACAAAGAUAUGAAAUCUUUUAAUGAAGUUAAGCUACCAAGCCUUGAGUUUCUAGAUCUCAGCAGAAAUCGCUUGAGUUUCAAGUCCUGCUGUUCUGAGGCUGAUUUGAAGACAACCAGACUGAAGCAUUUAGAUCUGAGCUUCAAUGAUGUUAUUUCCAUGAGUUCAAACUUCAUGGGCUUAGAGCAACUAGAACAUCUGGAUUUCCAGCAUUCCACUUUGAAACAGGCCAGUGAUUUUCCAGUAUUCUUAUCCCUCAAAAACCUCCGUUAUCUUGAUAUUUCUUACACUAACACCCGAGUUGUCUUCCAUGGCAUCUUUGAUGGCUUGGUCAGCCUCCAAGUCUUGAAAAUGGCUGGCAAUUCUUUUAAGGACAACUUCCUUCCAAAUAUCUUCAGAGAGAUGACUAACCUGACCACCCUGGACCUUUCUAAGUGUAACCUGGAACAGGUGUCCCAGGAGGCAUUUUGCUUACUCCCUCGACUUCGGGUGUUAAAUAUGAGUCACAAUAACCUCCUGUUCUUGGAUAUGCUUCCUUACAAACCUCUCCAUUCCCUCCAGAUUCUGGAUUGCAGUUUUAAUCGUAUUGUGGCCUUCAAGUGGCAAGAACUGCAGCAUUUUCCAAGUAGUCUAGCUUCCUUAAAUCUUACUCAAAAUGACUUUGCUUGUGUUUGUGAAUACCAGAGUUUUCUGCAGUGGGUCAAGGACCAGAGGCAGCUCUUGGUGGAAGUUGAACACUUGGUGUGUGCAAUACCCUUACAGAUGCGGGGCAUGCCCGUGCUGGGUUUUAACAAUGCCACCUGUCAGAUUAGCAAGACUAUCGUUGGCGGGUCGGUUUUCAGUAUACUCAUGGUUUCUGUCAUAGCAGUUCUGGUCUAUAAGUUCUAUUUCCACCUGAUGCUUCUUGCUGGCUGCAAAAAGUAUGGGAGAGGUGAAAGCAUCUAUGAUGCCUUUGUUAUCUACUCAAGCCAGGACGAAGACUGGGUGAGGAAUGAAUUGGUAAAGAACUUGGAGGAGGGGGUGCCCCCCUUUCAACUCUGCCUUCACUACAGAGACUUCAUUCCUGGUGUGGCCAUCGCCGCCAACAUCAUCCAGGAAGGUUUCCACAAAAGCCGGAAAGUUAUUGUCGUGGUGUCCCAGCACUUCAUUCAGAGCCGAUGGUGUAUCUUUGAGUAUGAGAUUGCCCAGACCUGGCAGUUUCUGAGCAGUCGUGCUGGCAUCAUCUUCAUCGUCCUGCACAAGCUGGAGAAGUCCCUGCUCCGGCAGCAGGUGGAGCUGUAUCGCCUUCUCAACAGGAACACUUACCUGGAGUGGGAGGACAGUGUCCUGGGGCGGCACAUCUUCUGGAGACGACUCAGGAAAGCCUUGCUGGAUGGUAAACCGUGGAGUCCAGCAGGAACAGCAGAUGCAGCAGAAAGCAGACAACAUGAUGCAGAAACCUCUACCUGAGGAGGAAAAACUCCUGAGGUGCUUCUUGCCCAGCUGGACCCAAUACUUGUUCAGUUAACAACUAUUAAAUGCUGCAACAUACCAGGCAUUGUGCUAGGGGCAGGUGAUUCUGUCGUGCACAAGAUACACAGGACUGCUAAUCCCUUUGAGUUUACAGUGCAGAGGGAAUAAAUGCCGUGCUAAAAUACAGAACCUCCAGGGGGAUGUUUUAACCAAGUCAGCUAAGGAGUCCGUGCCAGGGAAAGUCAACUCAACUCUUACCCCAUCAAAAUGAAUCAGAACUGAGAGACUGGGCCCCAGUGAGUUCAGAAAAGGACAUCGUCUCCCAAGUCUUUUGAAUGGAAACCAUCUCAUCUUUGACAUCUUAGCCAUCCUAAAACAAAACAAAGCAGUUUUGGUACUUUCAACUGAACAGCGUCUCUGUUCAAUUUUCCCUUUUCUACUGAACACAAUUUAAAUUUUACUUGAUGACUCAGAAGGCUCCUGAUUCAGAUCCUCCCUCCUCUUUAAGGCAGUUUCCUUAUGAAGGUUAAACUCUUACGACUAAUUCCUAAGGAAAUCUGAUUAAUACAUAUUCACAAACAUCCUGGUCAUUCUUUAGCGUGCUCUAUUUAUUAAUAAAUAGCAGGUUCUAUUUAUUUAGUCCCUGAUAUAUCUUUGUUUUUAUAAGUCCAGUUCUCAUUUUUCACGUCUUCUCUAUAAACGCUUAUCAUAAAUAAGGUUUUUAGAGAGAGACAUGUUAGAAAUAUCCAUAUUUAACCACUAUCUUUCAAGCAAAUAUGUAAAAUACACUCUGUCACUUUAGUACUUGAUGUCAUCCUGAAGUUAUUGCCUACUAAGUUACGGCCGUCAUGAAGGUAACAUUAAAAUAAUUUGGUUGAAA